GCCCUGCCCGGCUGCCCCCCGCUACAAAAACCCAAGCCUCCUCCAGGCCCGCGAGCCUCUCUCCCCACGCACGCCACCGCGCCCGCCUGCCUCUGCCUGUCGUCUGCGGCGGCCGCCCCGCCUGCCUCCGCCUUCUCCUCCCGUCGCCUCGGGAUCCCCAGAGCAGCAGCUCGGCAUAGGGGAAUGUCCCGGGGGGCGCUGCCACCGCCUCCCCGGGCCGCGAGAGUCGCCGCCGCAUUUACUCGCCAGCUAGACGGGGCACGCCUCGCGAGAGCCCCCAGCCCGGCCCAGAGGGAGCGGCUGGCAGUGACUAUAUAGCCUGGUCGCCGGAGCAGGGAGGGCUCGAUCCGGAGCCGAGCGCGGGGAGUGGCGCCUCCUCCUUGCCGCGCAGUUCUUGCUCGUCCCGCGUCGCGAUGGGGGCUGCGGCUGCCCGCGGCCGCCGGGUGCUGCUGGCCCUCGGCCUCGCGCUGCUCGUGGCGCUCCGUGGCUGCGCGGCCCAAGGGGGCGAGGACGGCGGCGGCGGCUCGGACGCCCCGGCCGCGGCGACGGCGCCGAUGGAGGAGAAGGAGCGGGCGGCGCUGUACGCUGCCAUCGAGGGCUUCGUCGGCAAGGGGUGGAACGGCUCCGGGCUCUACCCCGACCCCUGCGGCUGGUCGCCCAUCCAGGGGGUGUCAUGUGAUCUGUUCAACGGCUUGUGGUACCCAACGGCGAUCAGCAUUGGCCCAGUUCUUGACAACUCGCUGCAGUGCGCCCCUGACGCCCGGUUCAGCCCCCAGCUGUUCGACCUGAGGCGCCUUAGGACGCUCUCCUUCUACAGCUGCUGCCCGGCGAGCAACCCCACGGCCAUCCCCGCCGCCGGCUGGGAGAAGCUCUCGGGGAGCCUCGAGACGCUCGAGUUCCGCACCAACCCGGGCCUCACCGGCGCCAUCCCGGUCUCCCUUGGCCGCCUUGCCAGCCUGCAGUCCCUGGUGCUCGUCGAGAACAACCUGACUGGACCCGUGCCCGCCGAGCUCGGCGCGCUGCUGAAGCUGAGGCGGCUGGUGCUGUCCGGGAACGGGCUGUCGGGGCCGAUCCCGGCGACGCUCGGUAACGCCCGCCGCCACGACGAGCUGCUGAUCGUGGACCUGAGCAAGAACCAUCUAACGGGGUCUCUGCCUGCAUCGCUAGGUGGCCUGAGGGGGCUCCUCAAGAUGGACCUGAGCAAUAACCAGCUGGACGGCAGCAUCCCGCCAGAGCUCGGCGCGCUCGGGAACCUCACGCUGCUGGACCUCAGGAACAACAGCCUCACCGGCGGGGUGCCCCAGUUCGUGCAGGGCAUGACGUCGCUGCAGGACCUGCUGCUCUCGAACAACCCGCUGGGCGGGAGCCUGCCGGCGACCGGGUGGGAGAAGCUGAGCGGCGCGCUCGCGACGCUGGACCUGUCCAACGCCGGCCUGACCGGCGCCAUACCGGAGUCCAUGGCGUCGCUGGCCAGGCUGCGGUUCCUUGCGCUGGACCACAACCGGCUGACGGGCCCCGUGCCGGCGGGGCUCGCGGAGCUGCCCAGCCUCGGGGCCCUGUACCUGAACGGCAACAACCUGACGGGCGCGCUGGAGUUCGCGCCGGGGUUCUACCGGCGGAUGGGGCGGCGGUUCGCGUCGUGGGACAACCCGGGGCUGUGCUACGACGUCGCGGCCGUGGACGCGGCGCACGCGCCGGCGGGGGUGGUGGUGUGCAAGGACCUGCAGGAGCCCAGCGUCGUCCCGCGGGACGGCACGGAGGAGGGCGGGGGCAGGAAGCCCGAGGCGAGCUCGAGCCUCGCGGCGUCGUCGGCGGUGGUCGGGUUCUCGGCAGCCAGGGGCGGCGGGUUCUGGUCCGUGGUGGCCGUUCAGGGCACCGUGGCGGCGGUUCUUGGGUUGGUGCUCCUAUAGCAGCGGCAGGUUCAGACAGAUGGAACGGGAGAAGAACAUGGAGAAACUUGUAGGUAGUUGAGCGCAAACCAGUUUCUGCGUGUUCUGUGAUCUUUUGGCCCUUUUUUGGCUGGUGCUUCUGCUCAUCAUGGAUGGAUGGACGUGUUGUCGUGGUUAGUUGAAAGCCAGAUUACAGUAGAGUGUGAGUUCUGUGUAAUUAGCCUGUGUUCUCCUCUGAUGUUGCAACAUGACGUGGAUAAUUAGCCGGCAUCCUUGGGUUUGGAUGUGUCGUGCUGCCAAGUUUAGCAAGUACCCGAUCUGGUAGGAGUAGUUGUGAUUUGUCAUCCACAUGGUAACAGAAUGAAGAAAAAUUCU